AGCAGCCACACACACUACAGCCGUCCACAGGGAGCACAGAGCACAGAGCUGCAGCUACACAAGUGUUUGCGGAGAUAUACAGUGACAAGAGCACAAUGAUGAGGAUCAGCCUGCAAACUCUGACAACAUGUCUACUGUUGUGCGGUGCAGUAACAGCACAGUCAGCAAAUUCAACCGUCCCAACAUUUUCUCCAUCACCCUCCCCGACAAAUAACCUCCUUCCCACCACUCCACCGAGCCUUGGGACCACACUGACCACCGUCAUUUCCUCACCCACAACUGUGAAUUCAUCAACUACGCAACCUGCCGCAGCAACUGAAAAUUCCACCAAUACAACUUCUUCCAUCAACGGUACAGCUUCCACUCCACUGACUGUCACCGCUGAGAUAAACACUCCAAACUCGACAACGCCACUAACAGUACAAACCUUGCCCACGUCCUCUUCAUCUUCUUCCUCAUCCCCAUCACCUCCAUCGACCACAAAUAGCACCCAGGAGACUAGCACCAAUAGCACCGGCCCUGGCACUGGCACUGGCACCACCGGCCCUGGCACCGGCACCACCGGCCCUGGCACUGGCACCACCGGCACCGGCACCACCGGCCCUGGCACCACCGGCACCAGCACCACCGGCCCUGGCACCAUCGGCCCUGGCACCACCGGCCGCACUACACAACUCACCAGCACCACCGCCAAACCCCAACCCCCCAUCACAAGUAGUAGUACCACCACCACCACCAAAACCACCACACUGGUAGUAGAAGGACACAAGUCCGAGGCUCUGAGCUCAGGAAGUAUUGCAGCCAUUGUAUGUGUGUUCAUCAUCAUUGUCACCUUAGUGUUAUUUGGGCUGUACCACUACAAGAUCCGACGUACAUCCUAUGGCCCUCUUCUGGAAAACAACGAACGCAGCACUUUGGGAAACUUCAGCAACCCCAUGUAUGACCCUUGAAUCUUACCUUUUGACCUCCGACUCCAGAAGUGACCCCCUAAACCGAAAGUCCUCAGUUUGCAUAAGUAGACAUUCUGAUCAGAGUGUUUGUAGUGUGACAAAAGUCGCACAUUUCAUAACUGUGACAUGCAGCCUGAUCACUUGAUUGCAAAAUGCAAAACAAAUGUGAUGUUUCUAUUGAUCUUUGUUCAGGUAGCCUUGUUUUUUAUAGGUACAGUUAACUUGGCAAUAAGUUGCAGUUUUUUCUCAGGUGGCUUUGCAAACAGCUCUGGCUGCAUAGACACAGUUCUUAAUCAUAUUGGAAAUAAUGUGAAGAAAUCAAUUUAAAGUCUAAAUUGCAGUGAAAACAAGCUUCAUCUGGGGCAUCGUGAAUCCCAAAGGGUUCUUUAACGAAAAAGUUUUCAGCCAAUAGGAACUGAUUAUUUGAACUCAAUCAGGAAGUUUUUCACAGUAAAUACGGAUACAAAAUUUUACUCUACGAAUUUGUAAAAAGAGUGUCAAUAAAUGAGGAAGAUAUGACAGUGACAAUUUUCCGCUGUCCGGAAGUAGCAGUGGAAACUGUGUGACACACAAAGUUACGAAAGGCCUGAAUUUAAGCAUGAAGUUAAAACAAUAUAAAUGAACAUCAUGGCACAAAAUAUUUUUAUUUAUCAUGGACUCUUCCUUUAAGUACCCGCUGAGAUACUUUUUCCUUAGUUAAAUUGGGAAAUCAUGAAAUAUCUGUCACAAAAGUCGAUAAAUGUUCAGAUUUUCAUGUAGCUGGAUAGACUAAGUUCAAAGCUUAGACAGCACUGAUCUACAAGUGACCUGCUAUUACAUGUAUGUUUAGAUUCUGUAGAUCAGGAGGAGGUGUACCAUUUGAAGGAAAUGGAAAUUCUGAGAAAGCACUGAAAAGGACUGUGAUGACAUAACUUUUAGCAAGUGGUUUGACAACGAGUGGAGGUAUGGAAAUAACUUUUGACAGACAAACAGGAAAACAGAAAACAGAAAAAAUGCAUCAAAGCGACUUAAUGAUCCUGAAUCUUUUCUAUUACCUUUAUCAGAACCAAUAAUUAGGACCAUUUCGACUCCGAGCAGAAAAGUAGGUGCUAAUGCUUUCAAGACUUUUGAGGAUUUGUCCUGAAAGCUGUGUAGUACAGACAUGUUUAGGCAACACAGAGGGGCAACGUCAGCGUUAGUAGCAGAAACAACAAUCUAGAAAGGAGACUAUAACUUGAGGAAAGUGAUUGAGGUUUCAUUCAUUCAUUUUCAAAUGGAGUGAUUCUCCAUCCAAGGAUUUACAUCACAUGCAGUCCUUUUAAAUGAAUACUUCAACUUUCAAAUGACCAUUUGUAUAUCAAAUGCUCAUCCGGCGUUACGUUGAAUUUGUGAGGGAAAACUUUGCUUUACCUCCACGGUUAACGAAGAAUCCAAAAAAUGGAGAAAACUCUUGAUGAAUUGAAGUCACGGGCAAAACAGACAAGACUUUCACACAACUCGUGCAGUAUAAUCCAAGUCCCAUUUAUCCAGUCGUUUGCUCAGUACUUCCCAAACAGACAGCCCUUUCUGACGAGGACUGAAGUGAAGUUGAAUAUUCUCUCUGCUCAUUUCAGAGCCAAACUCCAUUGAUAAAAACUGUUAUUUUACCUCACUGAACUCAGGAGCUGUUGAUCUACCACUGCUGUGAUUAGUUAAUAAGUUUGUGCUUUUGUGAGACUUUGGAGUUUUAAAUGGGUAGUUUGGAUUCACCAGAGUCACACAAUUACACAAACAAACGACCAAUCCAGGCAGUAGCAUAGCAGCACCUGUUGUGUUCAGUGAGGUAAAAUUACUGUUUUUGUUAAUGGAGCCUGGCUUUGAAAAAAGCAUAAAUACAUUUCAAUUUUAGUUCAAUUCCCUGUCAGAAAGGGUUGUUUCUUUGGGAGGUACUGAACAUGUGACUGGAUAAAUGAGACAUGGCUUAUGCAUGAGUUGUGUAAGAGUUUGUAAACAGAUGUUUUGAUGUAGUUUUGCUGCUGUGAAACAUGGUUGCCUAUGACUUUAAUUCAUCAGGAUUUUUUUCCAGUUUUGGAUUCUUCGUUCACCAGAGGCACGCAAGGAACACAACAUUUUGUCCACAAAUUCGGUCAUUUGGAGGAGAGUAUUCCUUUAAAAUGAAUAUGAAUUGUUUUCGAAUCAUAUCACAAACCCAAUGGUGCAGAGACAGAGAGAGACAAUCCCUGGAUUAAGCCCCUUGCAUUCAUUCUGCUGAAGUGUCCUUGGGCACAACACUGAAUCCCCUCCUUCUUCAUGUGCCAGUCUGCUGAGCCUGUCUCUGUGAAGAACCCAAAACACACCAAUCAUUUUAAAAUGGAAAACAGGAGUUCUUAGAAAAACAGAAAAGGUUAUUUACAUUAAAUGUGGCCUUAAUAAAACAGAGCAGGGAAUUGCGUCCCUCUCCUACCUGAUCAAUUUCAACCACUAUUUACAAGUGAGUAUUGUUAUUAUUGAAUGUUAUUAGUGUGAAGUUUUUUCAUGUUUAUGUGUGAUUUUGCUUUGCUCAGCAGCUCACCCAGGCUGCAUUUCUGAUUGUAAUUUUAUUUCUUUCAGUAUUUGAUAUAGUAUUAUUUGUCUGCGUUCAGAUGAAGAAUAAUGUGACAAUAUUUUAUUGUGUGAUAUGAUUGUGUUAAAUUGUUUGUGCAAUAAAAGUGUUAAAGGAA